CAAGACCAGCAGAAGGGGGACACCAGAUCCCUUGACCAGGGGCAGAAGAGAAGACGUUGCCAUCUCAUCCGUGCCAAUAUCCAGCAAGGAUGCAGCUCUCCGGCCACCUGCUGCUCUUUGUGGCCGCCCUAUGCGCCCCAGGAAACAGCGACGUCCUUUUCCGCUGCCCACAGUGCACCCCGGAACGCCUGGCCGCCUGCCCAUCUUCCCGUCCGCCCUGCAUGGAGCUGGUGAGAGCCCCGGGCUGCGGCUGCUGCUCAGUGUGCGCCCGGCUGGAGGGCGAGUCGUGCGGGGUGUACACUGCCCGCUGCUCCUCUGGACUGCGCUGUUACCCCAACCCGGGCUCUGAGCUUCCCCUGCAGGCGCUGGUACAGGGGCAGGGCACAUGUGCCAAGAGGAGAGAUGCAGAGUACGGCAGCAGCCAGGAGCGCUGGCCAGAAACUCCAGAGGAUCGGCCAGACAACAUGCUCGUGGACAACAACUUGGACGCUGGGCCAGUGGUGACUAAUGAUAACUUACCAAGGAAGCCCCAGCGAACAUCAAUGAAGGAUAUCGCUUUGACUCGUGAAAGAGCCAACGAGCAGCAGAGAUCCAAAGUCAACAAGCAUCUUAAUGAGGACAAGAAGAACGCACGGCCUUCAGUGCCCAGGAGUCUGUGUCAGCAGCAGCUGGACCAAGUCCUGGAGAGGAUCUCGUCCAUGAACCUCCCUGAUGAGAGGGGUCCGCUGGAACACCUCUACGCCCUCCACAUCCCCAACUGCGACAAGAACGGCCUCUUCAACCUCAAACAGUGCAAGAUGUCUGUGAACGGUCAGCGGGGUGAGUGCUGGUGCGUCAAUCCCCAGAACGGCAAGACGAUCACGGGAGCACCCAUGAUACGAGGAGACCCGGAGUGCCACCUGUAUUAUCCGGGCAACGAGGAGGAGCGCAAGCAGCGUGCGCAGUAGUCCGCCCGCGUACUGCCAGUUAAUAUCACAGUGUCUGUAUUUAUACAUAAUGGGGUUAAACUGACACAAUAUGACAGUUUUGAAAAUGGGCUGGUUGAAGUGUAAGCUCUUUCGCUCAAACUUGUCUUUGAAACCUCCUCGCCAUUACUACCAGGCCAAGACCGUCACUGUUUGGCAUCAUCUGGAAGGUGCCAUUUCCAUUUUUUUU